AUGAAAUUUUCCGAGUCUCCUCCUGAGAGCCCGUGGGCCAGCCCAGACAGUAUAGAGCUUGCUGAAUUUGACGAGGUCGGUGUGACGUCCGACCGCCAUCACCGAAACAGCUUCAGACGUGAUUCUGCUUUCCCGGAUCUCGUCGAUGAGGGGGACGAGGAGGACAGUGAUGGCGAAGAUAAAGGUGAUCGUGCGCUGCUUGGUUCUCAUGCCAGAGUCGUAUCACCUUCACCACCAACCUACAAGCCCAGUACUUGGGCUCAGGUCAGGAGCAUUGUCAUUGAGACAUUUCCGACACUUCUACUCACAACCACCGGACUGCUAUUUACGGGAAAUCUUUUGAACAAAAUUUCGCAUUGGAAAGCUAUGUCUCGUGUCGACGAGCUCAUCAUGAUCAUUCCCGUGGUGUUGAAUCUCAAAGGAAACCUCGAGAUGAACCUCUCAGCGCGCUUGGGCACCGCCGCCAAUGUCGGCGAGCUAGACAAGCCCGAAACACGCCGUGCACUCAUCCUCGGAAAUCUGACUCUACUACAAGUGCAAGCUGCAGUCGUUUCGUUUGUUGCCGCCUGUGUCUCAUACGUAUUGGGUCGCAUUGUCUCUUCACAAUCUGCGGAGCAGUCAGUGGAGGUUAUGAUGGGAAACUUAACCAGCUUGAGUAACGCGACUCUGUCCGACAAUCUGCAUGGUCGACUCUAUGCGCGAGUUCUCCACGAAAGCCGCAAACCCCUUCCUGCUCUUCCGCAAACAGGCAAGAAGAUAUCAGGCGCUUCCGAAUUUAUUAUGGUUGCGUCCGCCGCAAUGUGCUCGACCGCUUUGUCCAGUGUUGUCUUGGGCUCAUUCAUGUGUGGCCUGGUCGUUCUCUGUCGCCGAUUUGGACUCGAUCCCGACAAUAUAGCGCCUCCUGUUGCGGGAUGCCUCGGGGACAUGGUGACGCUUUCCAUCUUGGGCGUAGUCUCUGUGCUACAGGUGCGCAUGGUGGAUACACCUGUGCCACUGAUCCUAGUCAUUCUCCUCACGAUCGCUGCUAUUGGCUGGACGGUAGUAGUCCGCCGAAAUCCUCACGUCAGGCAUCUUGUCACGGAGGGAUGGCCCCCUUUGAUCGCUGCCAUGAUCAUCAGUAGCGGGACUGGACUCGUGCUGGAUGCUUUCGUGAGCCGAUAUAGGGGGUUUGCGCUAAUAGCUGUAGUCAUUACAGGUGUACCUGGCAGCGUCGGUGCUAUCUUCAUCUCACGCUUGUCUACCGCGCUGCAUGCAGCUGCGAUGGUCCUGUUGCCGUCAAAUGUCGACCACAAACCUCAUCCGAGCGGCCGUCUAGUGAUGAUCACAUUGCUGGCAGUUAGCUUUCCAAUUCAAAUACUCUUUGUCGGGAUGCUCUAUGCUUUCGGCUGGCUACAUCUAUCCAUCGUAUUUGCGGUUAUGGAGGUCAUCUUCUUCGCAUUAGCCGUCGUAAUUUCCUUGUUCCUGGCUCAAGCAGCAACUAACCUUCUCUGGAAGUGGAAGCUCGACCCAGAUAUGUAUGCGCUACCGCUGCAUUCGGCUUUCAUGGACCUUGUCGGCCAACUUCUUCUAGUUGUCUGCUAUGAAGUCGCUGCCUUGCUUGGAUCGAAGGUUCGCAGCCCUAGUGCGAGCUGA